UUAAAUUCUGUCACUGCAGAAACUCUCCUCCAGAACCUUAGAUACAAGCCCUUUACUGUGAUGUCAGAUAAAGAUGAUCUGUGCUUUCCUCAGCAUCUAAACAUGUCUUGCAAGAAACCAAGACUUUCAGGGGUGACAGUUUUAUUUCUGCAGUUUCUACUGACCCUCACUUCUAUACUCACUGUAGUUCUAAAUCUGCUGGUCAUCAUCUCAGUCACUCACUACAGGCAGCUUCACAGAGCCAACAACUUCCGGCUUCUGUCUCUCGCAGUUGCAGACUUCUUGAUAGGUCUUGUUUUUAUUCCAGGUGAAAUGCUUAAACUAACAACUUGUUGGUUUUUUGGUGAUCUCAUGUGCUUAUUGUAUUCAUACAUCCUUGUUGUUAUUAUCUGUGCCUCAGUUGGAAAUAUAGUACUGAUAUCUGUAGACCGCUAUGUGGCUAUUUGUUACCCACUGCAGUACCGCAGGAGAAUUACUAUCUCAAAAGUACGAGUAUGCAUCAGUGUCUGCUGGUUCUAUUCAGCUUUCUACAGCAUGUUCUUUGUAAAGGAUGGUUUAAGUCAGAUUUCUGCUUCCUGUUAUGGAGAAUGUUUGAUUUUCAUAGCAUAUUCUGCUAUAGUUGUUGAUCUUUUCUUAACCUUUCUUAUUCCAAUUUCUGUAACCACACUAAUGUACAUUAGAGUAUUUCUGGUGGUUGUUUUUCAGGCUCGAGCUAUCCGCUCCCACACUGCUGCACCACAACAAGGUCCAGUGACAGCAAAAAAGUCUGAAUUGAAAGCUGCCAGGACCAUUGGUUUAAUAGUGCUUGUGUUUUUCAUGUGUUUCUGUCCUUUUUACUGUGCUUCUUUAGCAGGUGACAUUUCAUUUAAUACAUCUAUCACUGUUCUGUGUAUUUUCUGUAUUAACUCAUGCUUCAACCCUAUUAUCUAUGCCAUCUUCUAUCCCUGGUUUAGAAAAGCAAUUAAACAGAUUGUGACAUUAAACAUAUUGCAGCCUGGAUCCAGCAAGGCAAAUAUAUUAUAGAAAAAAGGAAACUGUAUCAAAACAAGUCAAACAUAUUUUCAUUAUGUGGUUAAGCAGCAGUUUACUAACCUGAAUUUUACUGAUAUUGUUAAGGUUCUUUUUUUUGGUCUUAAUGUGACAGAAAUAUCUUCUUAAAAAUAUAGGUUACAAAAUAUCAACAGAAAUGACCCUAGACCAUUUCAAUUGGGUACCAGAACCUUUAAAUUGUUUUCCAAUA